UAUUAAACCUCCCAUGAAAAUGGAAACCUCAAAGCCAUUGACCAAACUGCCUGCUAUCCAUCGAAAGUCGAAACACAGAGAAAAAAAAAUAUUUGUCCGAUCUGAGUAAUGACGGCAGAUUUCAGUUUCAGAAAAAACUCAGGUCCCUUCAAUGGCAGAUGGUUCACUGUCUUCUGUUCAAUCUUGAUCUUGUCAGUUUCUGGUGGCACUUACUUAUUUGGUCUUUAUUCACAACAUGUCAAAUCUUCAUUGGGUUAUGACCAAACAACCUUAAAUUUGUUGUCCUUUUUUAAGGAUGUUGGUGCCAAUGUUGGGAUUAUAGCUGGUUUAAUUAAUGAAGUUUGUCCGCCAUGGGUUGUUCUUUUAAUUGGAUCAGUUAUGAAUUUUUCUGGUUACAUUUACUUAUGGUUAGCAGUCAAUGGUGAUGAAUUAGUCAAACCUCGGGUUUGGCAAAUGUGUUUAUGUUUAAUGAUUGGUGCUAAUUCUCAGACUUUUACUAAUACGGGUGCUUUAGUUACCUGUGUUAAGAAUUUCCCAGAAAGUAGGGGAAUUGUUAUUGGAUUGUUGAAGGGGUUUGUUGGUUUGAGUGGUGCUAUUAUAACACAAUUGUUUCAUGCAAUUUAUGGGAAUGAUGGGAAAUCUUUAGUGUUGUUAAUUGCUUGGCUUCCACCAUUUGUUUGCUGUAGCUUGCUUAAAUAUGUUAGGGUUAUGAAAGGCGUUAAUCGUCAAGAAAAUGAGGUGGGGAUAUUUUAUCAGCUUCUUUAUAUAUCACUUGGACUUGCUGGAUUUUUGUUAAUGAUCACUAUAUUGCAAAAUAGGGUGGGUUUUAGUUUGGUUGAAUAUAGGUUGAGUUCUUUUAUCGUGUUGCUGUUGUUGUUUGCGCCUGUUGUUGUUGUAAUCAGGGAAGAAUUGAAACUUGGGAAGAAUAGGAAACAAGUUUUUGAUGAGUUUGUGCCACUGAAAGGAAUAGAACAAGGGAAGUUAGCUUCGAGAAGUCAGGGGAAAGAAGUUUUAUGGUUCAAGAACGUGUUUAAGCCACCGGAGAGAGGUGAAGACUAUACAAUUUUGCAAGCACUUUUGAGCAUUGACAUGUUGAUUUUGUUUAUUACGACUAUCUUUGGAGCUGGUGGAACGUUGACUGCUAUUGAUAACAUAGGACAGAUUGGUAAGGCGUUAGGAUAUCCUAACACAAGUAUUGCAACGUUUACUUCACUAGUGAGUAUAUGGGGUUAUCUUGGAAGAGUAGUAUCUGGCUUUGUCUCGGAGAUUUUCUUGACAAAGUAUAAAGUCCCUCGUCCAUUGAUGCUUACUUUUGUGCUCCUUUUAUCAUGCUUCGGCCAUAUUCUUAUAGCAAUGGGAGUCCCAAGUGUUCUUGAUGUUGCAUUGGCUAUACUUGGGUUUUGCUUUGGAGCUAUGGCACCUUUGAUAUUUGCCAUUAUAUCGGAACUUUUUGGGCUAAAACACUACGCUACGCUGCUCAAUUUUGGCGGAGCAGCCAGCCCAAUUGGAGCUUAUGUAUUCAAUGUUAGAUUGGUUGGUUAUUUUUAUGACAAAGAAGCUUUGAAGCAAAUGGCAGCCUUGGGACUUUUCAGGAAGCCAGGGGAUCAUUUGACAUGCAUCGGCAUCGAGUGUUACAGGUCUUCUUUCCUGAUAAUUGCUGCUGCAAGUUUUGUAGGGUGCAUUGUAUCAUACAUUUUGGUGCUUAGAACAAGAAAGUUCUAUAAAGGUGACAUUUACAAGAAGUUCAGGGAGCAAGCUUAACUUCUGGAGACUCAGAAUAAGCUUGGCCAAAAUAGUUUCAUUUUUGUAACAUGCUAUGGUUUAUAGCUAAUAGUUCGAGUCCUACUGAUCGAUUAUAGGAUAUAUUAAAUAUGAACCCAUGUCAUAUUGUUAACACAUUAUACAUAUAUCAGGAAAAAUUUAGUGACAUGUUGACAAAUACAUAGAAUUCUUGGCUUA